AUGAUGAGCGAAGACGAGACGCUAUCUAUUGCCUCCAAAUCCUCAGGAAGUUCCAGACCAAAGAGAUAUCACUGUACGUUUGAAAACUGUGACAAGGCAUACAAUAGACCAUCAUUACUAGAUCAACAUCUACGAUCACAUACUGGAAGUCGACCGUUUGCCUGCACUUACCCAAACUGCGACAAGUCGUUUCUAAGAAAAUCGCAUUUAGAUGCUCACUUGGUUUCACAUUCAAGAGACAAGCCAUUUCACUGUUCGACUUGUGGGAAGGGCGUUAACACGGUGCAACACUUGAAACGGCACGAAAUCACCCAUACCAAGUCCUUCAGAUGCACGCAUCAAGGCUGUGAUGAAUCAUUUUACAAGCAUCAAUCACUACGACACCAUAUACUCUCGGUUCACGAAAAGACAUUAACUUGUACCCUUUGCGACAAGACUUUUACCCGUCCUUCGAAACUUGCUCAACACAAGUUGAAGCACCAUGGAGAAUCCCCAGCAUAUCAAUGUGACCAUCCUGGAUGUUUUGUCAAUUGCAAAACGUGGUCUGCUUUGCAAUUCCAUGUCAAGCAAGAACACCCAAGAGUCAAAUGUCCCGUUUGUGGCAAAGGCUGUGUGGGUAAACGAGGUUUAAAAUCACACAUGUUGAGCCAUGAUGAAGCGAUCAAAGUCUGGCAGUGCAACUAUUGUGAUAUCGGCAAGUUCAAUAAAAAGGCGGCUUUAAUUGAUCAUUAUAAUGAAUAUCACGAUGGAAAUAUUCCUGAGGAAUUGCAAGCUCACCCUGAGACUAUAGAAGAGAACAACGGAGUUGGUCAGAAUAGACUUGAAAUGUCGAGUUUGAAACAGCUCAAUACGGCCUUAUCUCCCGGUAGUGAAAAUGGUGGCGAUAUCAAGAGCUUGUUCAAUCAUGAGUCAAAGUCAACAACUACUGCAGAGGCGCAGCAGUCCGUCACCGUGUUGAAACCAAAUGGAUCAGAGUACUCAACCAAGUCAUCUGAAAUAAUUGACGUGAUUCUGAAUGACUGCUCCAUCAAAAUCAAAUGUCCAAAAACUAAAUGUGAUCGGGUAUUUGCGCGCGAAUACGAUUUGAAGCGACACUUGAAAUGGCAUGAGGAGAAUUUGAAAAGAAUAGAGAUGUUUCUCGAUAACUUGCAAAAGGAAGAGCAAAUGCAACCACUGCAAAAGAAAUCCAAACUCAACCCCAAAGAUGAUGAGUCAAGUUUUGAAGAUUAUAGUAAUGAAGAUGCGGAAUUUGAUGCUGCUCUAGAUGAAGAGCUAAAUUCCCCCCUUACAAUAGACGGCGUUGACUAA